GCUUCGUGGCAGGCGGGAGCGCCUGGGUUAUGAAGUGACCAGCCUUACAAAGUCUGUCUGACUGUUCCGGGACACCCAGGUGUGUUUGCGAUUACAACUGCACACCUUGAGCUGGCAUAGCGAUACAGCUCCCCUCGGGGUGGCUGGCCCUUUAAGCCAAUUAGCACCACAAAGCUUGAAGGCGCGGAAGUUGUUUUUUUUUUUCUGGAGGAAAAGUUUUUCAACCUGUUUAAAGGGAUUGUUUCGUUUUUGUUCGCAAGAUCGUCGGGAAGGAUAAGGUUUGACAGCUACUGGGCAAAGCCGAGAGCGGGGGAGACACAAGCAAACAGUACAAAGACCGAAACCGAGUCCUGCGAUCAUUUUGUUGUUUUUUUUUUGAAAGACGUGUAUGUUUUUAUAAAAAUGCCCACAUUCUCGGAGUGGAGAAACGGCAACCAGUAUUACUACUGCCUAAAAUUCACACUCAACGUUUAUUCAAUGUUGUUUUCGUUCCUGGGCCUGACCGUGCUCUGUGUAGGGAUCUACGCGGAGGUGGAGAGGCAGAAGAACCGGACUCUGGAGGGUGUGUUCCUGGCGCCGGCCGUGGUUCUGAUCCUGCUGGGGCUGGUCAUGUUCUGCGUCUCUCUGGUGGGCAUGGUGGGGUCCCUUCGUGACAACAAGACCCUGCUACACAUGUUCCUGUGUGUUCUCAGUGUGCUUUUGGCCCUGCAGGCCGUAGGGCUCAUCACAGCCCUCAUCUUCAGCAAGAAGACCUCCACUAUCUUCCAGAACAGCAUUCGAGAAGGCAUCAAGCACUACUAUGACGACCUGGACUUCAAGAACAUUUUGGAUUUUGUUCAGGAAAAGUUCUCAUGCUGUGGAGGAGAUGAAUACCAGGACUGGGGCAUCAACCAGUAUCACUUCUGUAACGGGACAGGCCCGCUGGCCUGCGGCGUGCCCUACACCUGCUGUGUGCGACACAAGGCUGCAAGAGAGGUGGUCAACACGCUGUGUGGAUACAAGACUCUGAACAGAGAGCGCGUGGAUUUGGAUGGGGUGAUCUAUGUGAGAGGCUGUAUCCAUGCCCUUCAUCUGUGGCUGGAGGACAACAUUGGAGCAUCACUGGGCAUUGGCUUCGCCGUGGGGCUGCCGCAGAUUUUUGGGAUCAUCUUGAGCUGCCUGUUCUGGAACAUGCUAGUGGAGAUGAGCCAGUCCUUUGAUGUGGUGGAUUUCCGGGCUCUGCGGCUGUCUGGCAUCCAGUAUAGCGAGCUGGACCUUUCUGGGGCAGGCUGGUGCCUCUGUCUGCCCCGGGAUGGCGGAUACUUACCGGUACCGGAGUCUGAGACCUGGGACCCCGAACCUGAUCCAUAUCCUGUCAUCGAGAGUGUCCCAUCAUCGUGUACCGAGACCCAGAGACCACUCUCAGAGUCCCAGGACACCCCAGCGCUUGACGAAGUGGACGUAGGCUUUGAAAAACAGAACUAGAGAAUUGGACUUGUUUUUUUUAUUAUUAUUUUAGCAUUUUCAGGAAAUUUAAUAAGAUUCCCUUUGAUCCAUUUCAGCUUUUACAAACUGCAGGCUUUUGUACUGUAUGUAGUUGGAUAUUUCACGUCGCUUAUUUUGAAUAAAUUUGCACAGACAAAAUAUGUAGUGAUAUUAAUUGUGGGCAAUUUGUACAGCAGCCUGCAUAGAACUGAAAUGGAUCAAAUGUCUGCACGAUGAGAGUCUGAUUUCCCUGCUUUUUCAAAAAGCUACCAAAAGGGAAGAAGACUUUCUUGCACUGAUGUUUUUGUGUUUGUAUGUUCUAAUAGUUUUAUAAGCUUUAUUGCUAUUUUAAUAUGAAUAAUGUAGUAGUAUAGUACCUUCCCCUGCUUAGUAGUUUGUUUUAAUUAAUUUAUUUUCUUCCCUUAUCACUCAGGUGAAGACGUUUACAGGGAAGCCUAAAAUAACUGAUGCAAUCUUGAGACUUUAGGAAAAUUAAGAUUAAGAAGAUUAAGAGUUGUGAGAUUUUAUAAAAUAUUCUAUGAAAUAUUUUAUAAAAUAAAGUGAUAUUUUAUAAAACAUCACUACUUAAUUCACUUAAGGUGCAAAUAUUUUCAGGUCAGCCUUGAAACUGAGGCUGGGAAGAGUAAUCUCAAACCUGGAGGACUUGAUUGUUUAUGCUAGUGGACAACUGACUUGUUUUAAAAAUGCCAAAAAAAUGCCUUACCAAAAUAAUUACAGGGCUGUCAAUUUAAUCAAAGCCAUUUCCUAGAAUUAAGUGAUUCUAAAAAGGGAAUGUGUGUGACACAGACGGGUGUUAAUGAGUUUGACUUUUUUUUUUAGAAAGGAAGAAAAGGAAAAAAAAAAGAAUUUGCCUUCAUUCCUAUUAAUAGAUCAGACAUUGUGGUCGUGCCUGUGUCUUUGAAUUGCAUUAGGAUGGAGCUUUAAUCCAGAGCUCUUCAAGGUACGUGGUCAAGGCUGAGCUUAUGAAUCUGGACUGGAGGAAGACCCUCGAGGCUCUCAGUGUUGCAGGGCUCACUUGGAGAAGAGUCUUCAGAACAGUUACAAAAGAGAAGAGGCCAUUCAUCCUCUCUGGCCUGUUAUAUAGUUAGUAGCUAGUAUAUCCAGGGAGCUCAUCCAGAUGUGUCUUGAAAGAAGUCAAGGUACUGGUUUCAACAAAAUGACUGAGUAGUCUGUUCCUGACUCCCACAAGACCUCAGAGCAGUGGGGGCUGGCUAGGUUAGCACACGCUGUAAGCUGAGACUUUUCACUCCCAAGUAUGUCAUUUCGGACAUGUCAGAGAGCGUUUUAUGCAUGUGCCUAAGUGGUAGAUUAUGAGAAAAAGAGAAAGCCACAAUCGUAUCAAUUUCCUCCAUCCUUCACACAUGUGCAAUUAUUAAUUGGUUUCUCUAAAUUGAUGCUGACGAGUGACCGGCGUCACAUCCAGGGUGUGGUCCUGCUUGAUGACUUGUACC